AUGGAUAUUUUUUGUUGGAACGUUAGAGGGUUCAACGACAAAAUAAAACGUUGCGGAUUUAGGAAAUGGUUUCGUUUGAAUAAGCCAAUUUUUGGUGGCCUGUUGGAGACGCAUGUCAGUAGUAUCAAGGCUGUGUCAAUCAUCAACAGAGUCUUCCCCAGCUGGCAUUACGAUUGUAAUUACGAAUUUUCGGAUUUAGGAAAAAUCUGGUUGUUGUGGCACCCAUCAGUCUCGGUUUCAGUGAUCCACAAAUCCCUCCAAAGCAUUACGUGCAAAGUGAAACUCCCUUUUGUCUCAGCGGAGUUUGUUGUCACCCUAGUUUAUGGAUCUAACUGCAGAAAAGUGCGUAGAGAGUUAUGGUCUGAAUUAUGCUACCUAUCUACUUCUCCUUCCAUUGCUCAAGCUCCUUGGACAGUGUUAGGCGAUUUCAACCAAAUCUUAGAUCCUUCUGAGCACUCUUCGGCAUCUGCAGCCUCUUCAUCUCGUGGUAUGAGAGAUUUUCUAAACUGCUCAAUCUCAUCGGCACUGUCUGACUUGCCGUUUUGUGGGAACACGUUCACCUGGUCAAAUAAACAAGGUGCCUCGGUUGUUGCCAAGAAAUUAGACAGAAUCCUGGUUAAUGAUAUGUGGCUCUCCUCCUUUCCCAAUGCCCUUGGUGUCUUUGGUGAUCCAGGCAUCUCCGACCACAGUCCAUGCUGCGUUUUCCUUGAUACUUCCAGACCCAAGCUGAAACAUCCUUUUAAAUUCUUCUCGAUGUUGAAUGCAAAUCCCGAGUUUAAGGUUAUUAUCUCUGAGUGCUGGAAGUCUUUGCCCUUUCAAGGUACUAGUAUGCGGAGGGUCUCCAAGAAACUAAAAGAAUUGAAGAGUAUCAUCAGAACUUUCAGUAAGGAUAACUAUUUUGGUAUAGAAAAACGUGUGACCGAGGCGUUUGAGGAGCUCUCUCACUGCCAGCAUGCUCUGCUCUCAAGGCCUUCACCUCAAGCUGGUUUGAAUGAAAGAAAAGCAUAUGAAAAAUGGCCUCUUCUCGCAAAGGCAGAAGAAUCUUUUUUCCAGCAGAGAUCUCAUGUAAAUUGGCUUGGAAAAGGAGACUCUAGCACCUCAUUUUAUCACCGCUACGUUAAGGCGAGGGCCGCUCAGAACCAAAUAUUGUUUCUUCAGGAUGUACAUGGCAAUGUGAUCGAUACUAAGGAAGGAAUAAUGAACAUGGUUCUGGAUUAUUAUGAGAAUUUUUUGGGUGGGCCUUCCCUACUUUCUACAUCCACCUUUGAUGAGUUAUCUCAGUUGCUGCAAUUUAGAUGCUCUCUUUCAGUGGUUGACUUGCUUCAGGCUCCCAUCCUCAAUACGGAUAUUCAAGAAGUUUCUUCUCUUUGCCAAACAACAAGUCCCCGGGUCCUGACGGUUAUCCGACCGAGUUCUUCACUGCCCACUGGAAAACAGUGGGUUCAGACAUGA